AUGACUGGAACAGAACGUAAAGUUUUUCAGGUUAGUUUGAUUAUUGAAACUUUCUUUCUUUCUUUUCAUACUUGAUAGUAUUAAUAGGAUGAAAUUUUCAGAAAUAUUAUCCACCGGAUUUCGAUCCUUCCAAGAUCCCUCGUGCAAAAGGACAAAGGAACAGGUAACUAUUAAGGCAUAUUUUUGUUUUGAAAAAAUAUAUUCAGGCAAUUUGUUCAACGAGUCAUGACACCUUUCAACAUGCAGUGUAACUCGUGUCACGAAUAUAUUUAUAAAGGAAAGAAGUUCAAUAUGAAACGUGAGACGGUAGAAGGGGAAACUUAUCUCGGACUUCGGCUUUUCCGUUUCUAUUUCAGGUGUGGUCCAAUUUCAAAAUUGGUGAUUAUAAAAUCAAUUACUUCCUUUUUGUGACAUCGUUCUAUUAUUUAUUGAUAAAACAUUUCAGAUGUCCUAACUGCCUUGCCGAAAUCACGUUCAAAACUGAUCUCGAACAUUGCGAUUAUCAACAGGUAUGAUAGUUUCACAACCUUUUCAUUCUUUUCUGCAUUUUCAUCAUUUUUCCCCUUUUUUGGAAGGCCGAAUAAAAUGUUAAUAUGAGGAUUCAGGAGCAUGGAGCGACGCGUCUUUUCGAAGCAGUCAAGCUGUAUCAAGACCAAGAGAAACAACGCGAAGCGAAAGAGGAAGAAGACGCGAAAGAUCCGAUGAAAAUGCUAGAGAAGAGAACCAUGAUGAGUCGCCUCGAAAUGGAGGCCAUCGGUUACUCUUCAGUUUUUGAAAAUCUUCAAGGGAAAGGAUUUUCCAGGAAAUUUGGAGGACUUGCAAGAGUCGAGUCGGCACAAAGAAGGAGUCAAUGUCGACGAAUUUCUUACUUCGACGGAUCCUCACCUCGCACAGGCGAUGAGGAUUAAAAGACAGGAAGAGGAGGACGACCGAUUGGCCAGGUUCUUUUUUUCAUCCUUUGGAGAAUUUAGGAUUAAGCUGCUUUAAAAGCUAAGAUUUUAUGGCAAUUGAGAGAUUAAUUUUUUUGUAAAAAAAUUUCAAUAAAAAAAGCUGAGAAAAAGGAACUGUUUAUUUUGUAAAACAAAUCUUUUUUUUUUGUUUUUUAUUGAACUAAAUUUUUGCGAAUCAGGCUCUUUCUUGGCCAUUCAUUUUUUUUUUCCUCACUUCCAAAAGUUUCAAUACGACUUUAAGCUGUUCGAUUUUUUUCAACUUUUUUUUCCAUACAAAUAGAAAUAGAUUUCUUCUCCCAACAUAUUUGUUUGAAUUUCAGAGAAAUGCUCGGAAAAACGGCAGAUGGUCGAAUCGAACGGAGAAUCAAGGAAGAAGACAGCGACGAAGAGCUGCCAAAGCCAAAAAUCGUGGGAAUUUCUAUGGAAAAAAUAAGUUGGAAUAAAAUUUUUUGAGGCAAAACUCGAAGAUAAAAAACCACAGCCGGCAAAGAAAAACGAUCAACGCGAACUUCUUUCCAAAAUCGUCAUGGUCAAGAAAAAGAAGGUUUGGAAAUUUUCGAAAGUUUUAAAACUGCCAUUGUUAUCAUUACAGAGCUGAUAAAGUGAAAAAGGUAAUCUGAAAUUCCAAUUUUUUAUUUUGACGGGUGUGAUUGAAAACGUUCAUUCGAACUUUUUUUAUACCAUUGCAAUUUACGUAAUUAUUUGAAUAAAAUCUUAGCAAAUGUAAAUUUAGUUUUAAUCUUUCUCGAAGAUUUGAUAAAUCUGACACCGAACCUGCAAUGCUACAAUUUUCUGCUUUCAGGUCGAGAAAGACGAGGUUGAAGUGAAAAAAGAAGCCCCAGACGAGAAGCCCGACGUCAUCGUGAAAUCAGAAGCCGGCCCUUCAACUUCUGGUUUAACCAGCCUCGUCGACUACGGUUCCGAUUCCGAUUAA